AAUAAAUAAUCAUGUCUGAAAAUUUAAUCGACUCCAGAAUCGAAUUCAUUACUAUACAACUUUUUGUGUUGGGAACGAAAAAUACAUUUAUUUAAUUCUGAAACGCUCUUUAUCUUCUCUUCCUCCUCAUAGGCCUUACUAUGACCUCACUCACGCAUUGAAGAAGGCAACGCUCCUUGCAGCUCAAAUCUGCAAAUUAGGCUUUUUUUCCCCCAACAGUGGGUUUUGCUUUUCUCUGAAAUUUUAAGUUUUGGGGUUUUCUUUCAAUCAGGGUUCAGUUUAUUCAAGUUUUACAAUUUCGCGGCUCUGAAACUAUUAGAUGGGGAAUUGUUUGCGUAAGUUUAUGAGGAUAAUAGUGUAAGGAAGCCCUGCUGUUGCAACCUGAACUGAUGGUCUUUUGCUUGCAACAUCUAGAACCUAUACUUUUACAUCUUCAGUUUGCCUUCCUGGACUGCAUUGCUCAAGCGGAUGAUGAUUCUGAUCAUAAUGUGGAGUUUGCUUCUGGGAAUGUGCAAGUUAUUACUACCAAAGAAUCUUGGGACCAAAAGUUGGAACAAGCGAGGAGGGACAGUAAAAUUGUUAUUGCAAAUUUCAGUGCCACAUGGUGUGGUCCUUGUAAGAUGAUUGCACCAUAUUAUUGCGAGUUGUCCGAGAAAUACCCAUCUAUCAUGUUCUUAUUAGUCGAUGUGGAUGAACUAGCUGACUUCAGCACUUUAUGGGACAUCAAAGCCACACCAACUUUCUUCUUUCUUAAAGAUGGAAAAGAGGUUGACAAACUUGUAGGAGCCAACAAGCCAGAGCUGGAGAAGAAGAUUGUUGUGAUUAAUGAUGCAGUGCCUCAUAAGCAAUAGUGAUCGUCGUUGUUGUUGUUGUAGAUCUAUUCAUAGAAGCUCUGCUCUUCUCUUCUCUCUUCAUAUGGCAGUGCGUAUUCUGCAUGUCUUUCAAUCCCGUGACAUUGUCAUUGUAUUUCUUUUUUAAUGUAAAUAUAUGACGUUUCAAAUGAAUGUUUUGCAUUCAAAAUUUCAACAUGUUGUCACUGUGGUAUCUUUGAAAUAUAAUGUAUUGGUGUGCCUUAUCCUUAUUUGAGUCA